UUUGCUCGAGCUCAGAAAGGCUGCUCCGCUUUCGCCGCUCCGCUUUUUCUCCCCCACCCACCGACCGACCGACCGACCGCCGCCAUGUUUUAGAGAAGCAGAAUGACAGGAGAGAGAGCAGAGGGUGAGAAAAGAAGAAUUAGACUGUGAAAAAUCUCCACACUUCACAGCUCAGGCCCAGUGGACGGCUGUUUUCUGCCAGUACCGAGAUUAUCCCCGCCGGAGGAGACGUUCACCAGGAUUAAUUUGUCAAAAGGUCGAGUCUCGGGUGUUAUAAUGCUCUGAUAUUCUAGGGUUUUUGUUGCGAAGGGCAUAUAUUUCUCCCCUCGCUGGUUUUCUGUCAGGAUGGGAGGGAAUCCUCCCACCUAAAACCUUCUGCUUUAUUUCCGCUCCGCUCCGCGCUGUCAUAUACAGUACAGGAAUCAGAAGUGUGUUUAAAACCGAGCGCGGUCCUGCUGUACUGUUCUAACGAGCUGCUGCCGCGCUGUGUUUACAACACCGGAGCUGCAGACCACGGGAAUAACGAGACGCUGUUUCUGUGGUAUAGUGUCCGCUGUAGCGCUGCUCUCGGGGACUGUCAACAACUCCUAACAAAGGAGGAGGAAACUAGAGACUUUAAAGAAGAAGAAGAAGAGAGUAAGGAUGACGGGCUCUGCCCCAACUGAAGUGAUCAACUUGAGGCUCAUCUUGGUAAGCGGGAAAACAAAGGAGUUCCCGUUCUCUCCCAAUGACUCAGCUACGGACAUCGCAAAACAUGUGUAUGACAACUGGCCAAUGGACUGGGAGGAGGAGCAGGUGAGCAGUCCAAACAUCCUGCGGCUUAUCUACCAGGGACGCUUUCUGCACGGCAACGUCACGCUAGGAGCUUUAAAACUGCCUUUUGGAAAAACCACAGUGAUGCAUUUAGUUGCUAGAGAGACAUUGCCUGAGCCAAAUUCCCAAGGCCAGAGGAAUCGGGAGAAAAGUGGAGAGAGCAACUGCUGUGUGAUUCUAUAAAGAUAUCCCUGUAUCCAAGAUCACACAUAUUGUGUAGAAUCCUAUGCUGUGAAAAUACACACAUACACUCUCUUUUACUCACACACAGACACACACACACACACACACAGACAAACACAUUCACAGAAGGACAUCUACCGGAUGACCGGAUGGUCUGUAUGCAUGGGCUUUGCAUACUAUCUCGGUCACAUUUUACCACUUAAGAAGCCUUGUAUAAAAUGCAGCGAAUGAUGAAACAGAAUUUCUCUUCAUGCUUCACCAGUCUCUCUCUCUCCCUCGCUCCAUCUCUUUCUCUCUUUCUCUCUCUGUCUUUCUCAACCCAGACACUUUCUUAUUGUUUCUUCCUUUUUUACACAUCAAUAUGCACUUAAGACACAUCAAAAUACUGCAGCUGUCUCAAAUCUCUCAUACUUGCUUCUCACAUUUUUUCAAUCACAAACUCCUCCAAUUGAUUAAUGGAGGAAAAACAUUUGUUUUUAGAUUGCACUCACAUGAGCAGAAGCCCCUUACUUAUUCUCUUCCUGCCUGUUCAUAAGAGACUGAGUGUGAGAGGGAGGGAGGGGGAGAGAGAAUGAGAGAGAGAAUGAGAGAGAGAAUGAGAGAGAGAAUGAGAGAGAGAAUGAGAGAGAGAAUGAGAGAGAGAAUGACUGAGAGGACAUGGGGACUGCAGAAUAUGACAGUACACCUGACGUGGUCCUGGCAUUUCUGAAUAAGUUUAUCGAGGUUUGUCUUCAGCUCAGCAGACCAAGCAUUAAUGUGCCUGAUCAAUGUUGAUGAUUAUUUUUUGUUUUUAAAAUGAUGAACUAUAUGUCUUUUGAAGUGUGCAUUUUAUGGAAAUAGUUCCAAUAUGCAGAGAGUGCAAUUUCCCUGGCUCACAGAUACAAAUACAGUUGUUGUAGGUCAGAUGCAAGCGUAGCAGAUGGAUUCUGUCACUAACUGACUGUAUUUUUGACAGUCAUUGGAUUCUAUAAUUGACCUUCCAGUGUUCUGUGUACACUUACUAGAUAGUUUUGAUUACUCCUCAUAUGGGAGUUUAAAGAUAAUGAUCCUUUAUUUUUUUAAAGGUGCCGGGGGCAGGAUUCUGUGUUCAGAUAGCAUUAAGUGUUUUUUUUUUUUUCCCCCACUAACAUUUGAUGAACACUGGGAACUAAGAGAAGUUUGGAUAUUGAACUAUUCACUGAACAGGUAACAUAGUUUGCUAAUGUUAGCAAACCAAUUAGUUUACUUUGUUUAGGUUUUCAGCUGUACCAUGAUGAUGUAAAGUGUUAAAGCUACAUUAAUAUGACUAUACAGAAAUGUUAUAGUGCUGUCUAGAUAUCAGGUUAUAUAUAUAUGCUAUAUAGCAUCAAUCACUUUAAACAGUAAAUGAGUUGGGGUGGGGUGGGGCAAGUUGUGACAGUGUUUAGGAAAAGGCGAGGUUUGUACAUUAGACAGGGCUGAAUUCUUAUUCUCUACAUAUUUUAGUGUAGAGGUGAUCAGUGCUUGGGCUAUGAGCCAGAAGGCAUAAAUCAAAUGAAGAUUUUACUCUUUCCCACUGUCUGAUGAAAUGGAACGUACCUUUACAGAGCACUAAAGCAUGUUCUGAUCUGUUCCUCCAAUUUUGUUAGAUUCUGUUUCCAAAUGGGAAUUAAACCUCAAGAUUAUAUUUGUGUAGAGCAGCGUUUCUCAACCUUUUUUCUGUCACGACACCCUUUAAAUAUAUGCGAGGUGUCACGGCACCCCACUUUACGGGGGGUGGGGGCGCAGUACUUCAGGUGAGAACGAGGGGUGUUGCUGGCGGAAUAUGAAAUAAAAUAGCGCGUGCAUCGCGUGGGGGACAAAAACUUUACAGUGUGUCCCAAUUUAGGGGCUGCAUCCUUCAGAGGCUGUAUUCGAAGACAGAUUGCGUCACAGCUGCGCAGUAAUACACCGCCUCUGUGGGUCGCAUCCUUCAGAGUAUGCUGCCUGUGAAUUGGGACACACCGCGACACGAGCUGACUCUGCACGUGAGGCGCAAUAUUUUGACGGCACCCCCGAUGAAGCCAGACGGCACCCCAGGGUGCCGCGGCACCCCUGGUUGAGAAACACUGGUGUAGAGUAUAUUUAAUAUGAAUCAUAUAAAGAAUAUGACUAGAUAUUGAUAUUGCUGUAUUGGUGUAUAGUGUAUGAUUGUCUAAACAGUUAGCUCAUUAGCAGUGGGAAAAUCAUCCCCGGAUGUCUUGUACUUUACCAGCAGAAUCCCCUAACAUUAAAAGAUAAUUGUAUUAUGUUUUCUUCUGUAUUUUCCAAAUGUUAUAAUCUGUAUUUUUUUAUUUGCUUUAUGCUUUUUAACACAGCACUAGCUUAUCAGACCACUGCAUAUUCUGAUCAGGGUUCAAAUAUGUACAGCGUUUUUCAAAAAUUAUUGUAAAUAGAUAUACGCUCUCCGAACUACAAAUGAAAUUACAUCUUUAAACUGAAUAAAGAAAACUGAAACAA